UAAAGUCAAAUUUCCUCCCUAAAACAUUACCGGCUAUUUUCGGUUAACCACCUUUCUCCCCACUCUCCUAUAAAUACCCUUCACAUUCAUUUCCACCUCUUUCACCAGUUUCCUCCAAAACCAAAAACAGAGCCAAAAAAAAAAAAUGGUUCUCCUAACACCACCACGAACUCCGGCUAGAGCGGCGGCGACGGCGAUAGCCGGUUCAUCAAAACGGCUCAUGGCGAACUUCAUCGGCUCGAUGAGUUUACUAGCUUUAUGGUUGAAGAAAGCAAAGCGAGGAAUCAAAACUCAAAAACUCGGGGGCGAUUCGCCGAAGAAGUUUUUAUCGACGAUUAGUAACAAGGCGAUUAAUUUCAGGCAUAGGAAGAAAUCGAAAGGAGUGCUUGUAGACGAGGAUUUCGGCGAUGGAGGAUUGUGGCAGAGAGGGAUUUUGAUGGGAGAUAAAUGUCAGCCGUUGGAUUUUUCUGGUGUUAUUUACUACGAUAGCGAAGGGAAGAGAUUGAGUGAAGUGCCGAUGAGAUCGCCGAGGGCGAGUCCGCUGCCGAGUUAUCUUUAUGCAUCGCCGAGGUCAGCCGAAGUUAAUUAGAGGGAAUAAAAGUAAGUGAUUAGCAUCAGUUAGUUGAUGCUCUGGUUGGUUAGGGUUAUGUUUGUGUGAUUUGGGUUAAUUUUCGAUUAAUAUGGAGAAAUACUGUAUAAAAGGGUUUUAAAUUUGGUGGAAUAAGCUUAAUUUGAGCUUUUUAUGCUUCCGUGGGAUUAUUAAUUCAAUAUAAGUAUUCAGUUGCUAUGAA